AUAUUAGGACACUGGGUAAUCGUGAGCAUAGUUUUUGUCGCAAAUUGUUGUAAAUUAAUUACUUGAUGUUUAUAAAUUAGGUCCUGAACCUGUAGCCUAGGCCUAAUUUAGAAUAUUUGUUGAAAUCCGAUUGUUGAUACCAAUCUGAAUAGUUCGCCGCCAUAUCGUUGUGAAACAUUGAAAUACAACCUGUGGAAACGAUAAUAACACCGUUAUUCUGCUUUCAUUUUGAAUUCAGAAAUAACACAUAAUUAUUUCGGUCUGACUAUCCUUGACAAAUUAACGGAAACGAAAAGUUGGGAAGUACACGACACCAACUUCUUGUUUCAUUCAGCAUGAGUUCGUUACUGUUGUCACCAGAGUCUGAUGUUUGUUUGUUAGAUGAUCUCCUGGACAAAGGAAUGAUCAACGUUGAUUUCAACUUCGGCAGUGUUCCAUCUACAGUGGAUUCUCCCGACGACGAAUUGGAAACUUUAAAGAACUCUCCAAGUCACCAGUCUGACAGCGGCAUGAGCAUGGGUAGCGAUUCGGACAGUGUCAACAUUUCAGCCUUUGAAAUGUUCAACGAUGCUGAGCUUAUGGGUUAUUUGUCGUCUGGAUCAAGAACGUCGAGCCCCGAGACGGUAGCAGUUGAAAGUGUUCUCGAUUGUGCUAUUAACAAUGGUGCGUCUAACAGAGAUUUGACACCUAAUAACGGGAAACUUGAAAUUGAGAAGCAUGUGCAAAUCCUAAAAGAAAGAAAAUCAAACGUAACCUUGAGAAAAUUAGAUGCUUCAACAACAACACCAGUCAAAAGCAAAUUACAGCCACAGAUAAAAAAGGUACUGCCUAUGCCUGAGCCAACAGUUAAAGUUGUGAAAGUUGUUUCAGCAAGCCACAACAUUGACUCUGAUGGUGAAAUCGUUGAAGCUCUGACAAGGAGAAACCAGAAAAAUGCUGUUCAGGCUAAAAUCAACAGAGAAAAGAAAAAGAUAUUCAUAAAAAACUUGGAGGAUACUGUAAAGGAACUGCGUUUUGAAAAUGACAAUUUGAAACAGAACCAGACUAGGAUGGAAGAAUGUCAACGAAUUUUGGAAGAUGAGGUACAUUAUUUAAAAAGUGUGCUAGCUAAUCAAAGCGCUUUAUCAAGUUUAUUGCAGAACAUUCCAAAUGUGCAGAAUGUCACUCUUUCAACAUCUUUCAAUAGAAGAAAGCGUGGUGCCAAUGAUGAUCAUGACUAUGUUGAACAACCAGUUAAUGCAAAGCGUGCAAAGAGGAACAGUUCCAAAGCUGGUGUUUGCUUACAUGUAGACAACGGACAUGCAUCACUCGAAUUUUGCUCCCAUUGCUCAGAAAACGCUAAAUUGACUGAUGACUUGUGAACUCUAAGGCAAUCCUCAAAUAUUCGAUGAUAUGCUGAAACCCAUGUCACUAAAUGACAUGCAGACACAAAUCCGCAAGGCAGUUCAUGCCCAAUACCAGGAUGUGUUGGUGAUUCUACCAAGAGUUGUGCCAUAGAGCCGCGCAAGUUCACUGGACAUGAGGAACAAGCAACAACUUUUCAGGUGGUAUAACAGUAUCGUGGUGUUUACUGUUAUGCCGUUACAAAAGAUUUAAAUGACCUAUCGUUCAAAAAAUAUUGCCUGUGUGAAUGAAAUGAAAGUAAUGAAAAAACAAAACUGAUACAAAUACAAUGUUAAGCCUGAACCAAUUUGGUAUAAAUAAGUAACAAGCUGUUUAUUUUUGAGAAAGAUGUAUUUUUGGGUACAAAAUGCGAUUCUUUUCCAAACAAGCUUUUGAAUUUUUCAUCAAUUCAGAUUGGUUCUUGCUAUAGUCUAUGUUUAGUGCUAAGAAAUGCCAUUACUGAUGGAUAUUUAUAGUUCUCUGUUCACAGAUCCUGAUCUAAAGUUGAAUGAUGUUUGCUGUGUGGAGAAGCCCUGGGACCCUGUCCAUUGCACUCUUGGACUUGCCUUAUUUGCUAACCUGUGGCCUGCAGUGCUCAAACCAGAAUGAACAAAGUGUUAAAGGAAUAUGGUAGUAUUAAACAGGUGGUAGGUCAAAGGUUGAUGGACCAGAUCUUUAUAUAGAGAUUAAAAUUAUGGCCAGGAGGUUAAACCAUGGUGAAAUUAAUAGUGCUUGGUAUCUAAACAUACUAGGAGACUUGGUAACUAUCAUUGGUUAGUUUCUGAGCAAUUGUAUAUAAGAUGUAAAUAUGUUUUCAUUCCCAAUUGUCCUAUAGUAUCUUUUGUUUAAAAUGGUUACAAAAAUAUGUUAAUACAUUUUGUUUAUUAGUUACUGCAUUUUGAAAUCCUUUUCUUGUAAAAGAACUGAUGAUUUGAAUGUGGAUGGAUUAUCAUAGUUUAACAUCAUCUGUUACAUUGAAUAAAACUUCCAACUGUUACAUUA